UGAUGGGUCAGGAAACUGGCAAGCCAGCCUGGCCCAAACCAGCUGGUGGAUAUCAGACAAUAACAGGAAGGAGAUACGGCAGGAGGCAUGCAUACGUUAGCUUCCGCCCAACCUCUGCCAAGCACAGGAACCCAGCCAGUGUGGAGGAUUGGCCAGAUACGGAAAUGGACGGUGUCCAUAGAGCGCAUUCCAUACGUACGUUCAUGGUGCAAUACAUCUAUUAGGCUCCAUCUAUUAAGUCCCAUUUGCAGUGGAUUGAUUAGCUGAGGGACAAGAUGUAAGCUAUUUGAGUCUGAAGAGCAUAUUUUUCUCUUUCAAGCAAUGAUACAGGCCUAUAUUUCUGCAUGUUAACAAUAACAAGGUCAGCAAAUCAAUAAAAGUUACGUUUAUUAUUUUUGUGACAUCAUCCAUGGCAGACCAGUAAGCAGCUCCUGUAGUGAGCAGCAGCAUGUGAGUGAGUGCUGCACCCCACUGCGUAGCGUGAGGUUUGGAUCGAUUUAUCCUGUGACAUGGAAUGCAGUGUGAGCAGCUAAGCCUAUGAAUCCCUUGUUCUGCUAUUUAAUAAAAUAUGUCUAGCUGGAGCUGCUGCAUGCUACGUCUGUAUUCAGCAAACAAGGACAGCUCUUUUCUUUUCCCUCUGCUCUGUUCUCUCCUCUCUCUUUUAACAAGUGUAAUCAUUGUGUAUUUACAAGUCAUGGAAGUUUUAAUUGUGUUUUAGCUGUAACUAAAUGCCUCCCUCUCCUCCUCUAGCUUCAAAAGGGAACAUCUCCUCGAUGCUUCAUGCCAUCUUUCCUGUGUCAUCGAAUUCGGUUCACCCAGAGGUAAAAUCCAAAUCUGGCAAAGAUCCUCCCCACAAGAAACAGUCAACUUCUAGGAAGUCAUCGGAAGCCCACACCGUUCAUUACAAGAAACGAAAGAGUGACCAACCUGUAGGCUGUGACCAGUACCAAAAUGUAUUGAAGAAAAGUGCUGAAGCCAGUGCAUGGCCUAUCCCCGAGGACGAGGACAGUAACCCUUCUAAUUCUAGCGUAUUGAGUUUUGUAAAUAUUGAUGCUUAUGAGCCGGACAGUAGUGGAGGCGAGGAGGAGGAGGAGGAGGAGGAGGAGGGGCAGGGCUCCGACCUGCCUCACGGUCUCCAGAAAAGACUGGAUGACAUGAUCUUCGAGCUGGGUAAAGAGUUUGACUAUCUCAGCGGUUUGCACUCAUAUUUGUACACACAAUCGUGUGAAGGAACAGACUGUUCCCUCAGAGACACUGAGUUGGUGAAAUAUUCUAGAACAGAUUCUAGAUCAGAUUCAAACACUGAGGAACCCCCUCCUGAGAGGAAUAUAUCAGAACACAACGGAACAGAUCACAUGGAAAACUGCACUGAGGACCACCAUACACCAGAUGACCUAGCAGCCGGUGGCUCUACCAUCGGUCCCAAAGGUCCUGCUGAGCUGGGGAACGACAACCAGAGAGGGACCCAGUCAGAGAUGGUGGUGAGGCCCAAAAUUCGUAAGCAGACGAGUGAAACGCACCCGGAGAAGAGGAAGAGUUCUCACCGCGAGGAGGCGAACUGUGGCUUAGCCAAACAGUCCAGCAAGACCAAGUGUGUGUCUGCACCGCCGUUCUUUCUGACGCAAACAGAAAGGCCAAACCAGGAGAUCCUCUUUGAUUUUCCUCAGACUGAGUCGAAUAGGUUUAGCCCUAUAGAGAGGUGGUGUGAACAUGGAGAGACUGGUAGCAACAUGAAUUCAGUUGAUGAAAAGGAUAUCUGGGAAGAUCUGGAGGACUUCAAUGAGACGUGUGCUCCUUUCAUGAAGGCUGAGGAAAGGUAUUAAAAUAUACCUUAUAUAGACAUUUUACGUAAUACCUUUUUAUUGGUCUUGGAGCCUAGUAAAAUAUGACAAAACCCUCAUAAAUAGUCUAAUACACAGCAAGUGUGUAUACGGUCAGUGAAAUCUAAUCAUAAGUAUUGGAUUGCGGUGAUGGAAAAUGUCAGUUAAACAUUAGCUGGCUAGUUUGUCUGCAUUUGGAAUUAUUUAUAAAAGUAGACAUGGCAUUUUCUAGGUCUCUGAUGAUCCAUGACAUUGCAACUCACAAUAUUAUUAAGCCUUUCUGGGAAAGUGUGAAUAUGAAGCUCUCUGUUGUCCUGAUAAAGUAUCAACUGAGGAUUGAGGAAGCAGAGGUUGCUAGUGAAUCUCUUGUGUUUACUGCUAAGACCUCUGCUAAGCAGAUUAGUUGGGGUGUUUACUAGGUGGACUUGCGUGUGUGCAUGCGCUUGUGUGUGUGUGUGUGCUUGUUUGCACAUCCGUGUGCUUGUGUUUGCGCGUGUGUGUGUCUGCAGCUCUGAGUGCAGCGAGGGGGAGUGGUCGGCAUUGUGGACAUCGGACUCUGGCCUGGAUAAGGAGCAUCACUCCAGUCAGAAAAGCUGGGAGACUCUGCCCGGCCUGGACGAGCUGCACAGCAUCAACAGCAGCAGCCUGGAGGACGUACCCGAGCUCAGCCUGCCCCCUGCGUAAGUGCCAUAAUACAGGCCUUAUAUACAGUCCACUCUUGAUAAAUGCACUAUGAUGAUACAGCCCUUAUAUACAGUCCACUCCUGAUAAAUGCACUAUGAUGAUACAGGCCUUAUACAGUUACUCCUGAUAAAUGCACUAUGAUAAUACAGGCCUUAUACAGUUCACUCAUGAUAAAUGCACUAUGAUGAUACAAGCCUUAUACAGUUACUCCUGAUAAAUGCAAUCAAUUGCUUGAGACUGGUCUAAAUGCAUGCACUAAUCUGGAGUAAUGCAGAUAUGAGUCAUUAUCUGGAGUAGUUAAAUAGAAAGUAUUCAAAUUGGGACUGGGGACUACUGCACUUAGACUUUGCAUUCAUCAGUCAACUGUAUGUACAGUGGGGAGAACAAGUAUUUGAUACACUGCCGAUUUUGCAGGUUUUCCUACUUACAAAGCAUGUAGAGGUCUGUCAUUUUUAUCAUAGGUACACUUCAACUGUGAGAGACGGAAUCUAAAACAAAAAUCCAGAAAAUCACAUUGUAUGAUUUUAAAGUAAUUAAUUUGCAUUUUAUUGCAUGACAUAAGUAUUUGAUACAUCAGAAAAGCAGAACUUAAUAUUUGGUACAGAAACCUUUGUUUGCAAUUACAGAGAUCAUAUGUUUCCUGUAGGUCUUGACCAGGUUUGCACACACUGCAGCAGGGAUUUUGGCCCACUCCUCCAUACAGACCUUCUCCAGAUCCUUCAGGUUUCGGGGCUGUCGCUGGGCAAUACAGACUUUCAGCUCCUUCCAAAGAUGUUCUAUUGGGUUCAGGUCUGGAGACAGGCUAGGCCACUCCAGGACCUUGAGAUGCUUCAUACGGAGCCACUCCUUAGUUGCUCUGGCUGUGUGUUUCGGGUCGUUGUCAUGCUGGAAGACCCAGCCACGACCCAUCUUCAAUGCUCUUACUGAGGGAAGGAGGUUGUUGGCCAAGAUCUUGCGAUACAUGGCCCCAUCCAUCCUCCCCUCAAUACGGUGCAGUCGACCUGUCCCCUUUGCAGAAAAGCAUCCCCAAAGAAUGAUGUUUCCACCUCCAUGCUUCACGGUUGGGAUGGUGUUCUUGGGGUUGUACUCAUCCUCCUUCUUCCUCCAAACACGGCGAGUGGAGUUUAGACCAAAAAGCUAAAUUUUUGUCUCAUCAGACCACAUGACCUUCUCCCAUUCCUCCUCUGGAUCAUCCAGAUGGUAAUUGGCAAACUUCAGACGGGCCUGGACAUGCGCUGGCUUGAGCAGGGGGACCUUGCGUGCGCUGCAGGAUUUUAAUCCAUGACGGCGUAGUGUGUUACUAAUGGUUUUCUUUGAGACUGUGGUCCCAGCUCUCUUCAGGUCAUUGACCAGGUCCUGCCGUGUAGUUCUGGGCUGAUCCCUCACCUUCCUCAUGAUCAUUGAUGCCCCACAAGGUGAGAUCUUGCAUGGAGCCCCAGACCGAGGGUGAUUGACUGUCAUCUUGAACUUCUUCCAUUUUCUAAUAAUUGCGCCAACAGUUGUUGCCUUCUCACCAAGCUGCUUGCCUAUUGUCCUGUAGCCCAUCCCAGCCUUGUGCAGGUCUACAAUUUUAUCCCUGAUGUCCUUACACAGCUCUCUGGUCUUGGCCAUUGUGGAGAGGUUGGAGUCUUUUUGAUUGAGUGUGUGGACAGGUGUCUUUUAUACAGGUAACGAGUUCAAACAGGUGCAGUUAAUACAGGUAAUGAGUGGAGAACAGGAGGGCUUCUUAAAGAAAAACUAACAGUUCUGUGAGAGCCGGAAUUCAUACUGGUUGGUAGGUGAUCAAAUACUUAUGUCAUGCAAUAAAAUGCCAAUUAAUUACUUAAAAAUCAUACAAUGUGAUUUUCUGGAUUUUUGUUUUAGAUUCCGUCUCUCACAGUUGAAGUGUACCUAUGAUAAAAAUGACAGACCUCUACAUGCUUUGUAAGUAGGAAAACCUGCAAAAUCGGCAGUGUAUCAAAUACUUGUUCUCCCCACUGUAUAUAUAAUUUCAUUGGUAAGCACAGCCAGCCCUCAGAUACACACCUCCAUGUGUUAAUGCUGUGAUGUUGAGCCAGGGUGUGGGCUGGAAUGACGAUUAAGCUAAGUGCCACAGCAGCACACUGUCCAAGCAAGGUCUUACAUUAAAUCAGUUGAGAUUGAUUUUGAUGAGUUAAGUAGCUAAGAUAUGCAAGCAAGCCAGAGCUACUGUACAUGUAUGUAACUUCAUAAAUAGCUAUCUGCCUACAUUUCCAGUACAUACACUUUUAUUCUCAGUAGCAAGGUGAAAACUUGGUCGGGCACAACGAAAGUCAGUGUUCCUUAUUAGACAAGUUCCUCCCCGUUUCAGUCCGUUAUCUUCUGUCUGGUGCACAAUGAACAUAGACCUUGUGUGUGUGCAGGGAGCCUACCCCUCUGGAGGAGGGGGAGAUUCCUUGGUUGAUGUACAACGAGGAGCCGGGCAGUAGUAGUGACGAAGACCCAGAUGGCAUGAGUCACUUUGUCCACCCGGGCCUCUUCAUCCUGGACGGCAACAACAACCUGGAGGAUGACUCUAGCAUGAGCGAGGACCUGGAUGCUGAGUGGAGGUGAGGAAAAAUGAAGCUUUUUACUACAAAUUGUGAGAGAUGCACUGAGUGUACAAAACAUUAGGAACACCUGCGCUUUCCAUGUGACUGACCAGGUGAAAGCUAUGAUCCUUUAUUUACAUUUACAUUUUAGUCAUUUAGCAGACACUCUAAUCCAGAGCGAUUUACAGUUAGUGAGUGCAUACACUUUUCUUUUCUUCACCUGUUAAGUCCACUUCCAUCAGUGUAGAUGAAGGGGAGGAGACAGGUUAAAGAAGGAUUUUCAAGCCUUAAGACAUGGAUUGUGCAUGUGUGCCAUUGAGGGUGAAUGAGCGAGACAAAAGAUUUAAGUCCCUUUUGAAUGGGUAUGGUAGUAGGUGCCAGUCACACCGGUAUGAGUGUGUCAAGAACUCUAACACUGCUGGGUUUUUCACGCUCAAGUUUCCCUGUGUGUAUCAAGAAUGGUCCACCACCCAAAGGACAUCCAGCCUGCUUGACACAACUGUGGGAUGCAUUGGACACCUUGUAGAGUUCAUGCCCCGACGAAUUGAGGCUGUUCUGAGGGCAAAAGGGGGUGCAACUCAAUAUUAGGAAGGUGUUCCUAAUGUUUUGUACACUCAGUGUAUAAUUAAGGACUUUUGUGAUAUAUAGGCUAUUCUCAUUGACGAACAUUUAAGGAGAGGCAGCAUGACGAGAUUCUAAAUGACAGAAUAUGUACACACUUUUCAAUUUACAUUACAACCUUUGGUUGUGGCUGGCAGUAAGCUUGCAAACUAUUCAACAAUAUGAACAACCUUUCUAAAACAUAUUGGCUAUGCUCUUGAAUAAUGCAACCAAACCAUAUUACAGCCUUGAAUAAUGCAACAAUUCACAAGCAUGUGUAGACAAUGAAAGUUUAUUUUCUCGUUCGUACAAGCAUUAGCCAAAUGUAGCUUGCAAGACAAUAACACUGCUAGCUAGCUAGUAACGUUAGCAUAUCAAACAUGAACGUUUACCCCUCUCAUACGAAUAUACAAGUACAGUUUUAGCGUAUUAAAGUUACCUUAGAACAAACCCAGCUUUAUUUGAUCAAUAUCGUGGAAGUUAUUGUAUGAGGUAAACGCAAAAUUGCGACUGAGAACAUUGAUAAUUCCCCUGGUGAGUUCAUCAGCUUCUUGCUGCAUGCUUCUUGCCUGGACGGUGGCUCAGAGCAGGCGGGGGGGGAACAUUGUUGAGUGUCCCUUUUUAAAGAUACGGCGGCAAUUUCAGAAUGUAACAGGCUCAGGUGAAAACUCAAUAAAACAAGCAGUGCCGAUUUUAGCAUGUAAAUCUUGGUGGGGCAAACUCCAACAUCUUUGUUGUUGUUGAUGCAUGCCAGCAAAGCCACUACACUACAAAACACUAAAUAAUACAUUAAUUGCACUAUAACGGUGACAAACGGUGCCCACAAACUGUUAGGGCCUACAUAAAGCUGUCCCAACAGCAGCUUUCUUUUCAGCACCAUGGAGUGAAUCCUUACCACUACUACACCUGGCGAUCAGCAGAGCCUUGUCUGGCAGCGAAACAGUUCAAUCAGCCUCAUUUACUGCCUUUAAAAAAAACAUAGCUGAUAUGGCUGACUUUCUUAAGCAAACUUGGUUUCUACUGACAAUUGAGAUGUACAAACUAUGGCAUAAUGGGUCGGCGAGAGGCAAUCCGUAAUUUUGAUUAAUGAGCGAGCUAGGACGGACGUAGUCAACUAUUUGUUCAGCACUUCUGAAAUGUACAGUGAAAGAAUUCAGAACAUGGGCCGUUCUUACAGUAUUCUCCCUGUACACCAAGUCAGAACUGUAGGAUAAAAUAAAGGGCACAUAAGCAGACAAUGAAAGCUCUUACAAUAUUCAAUGAUGACAUUUCUCUAAAACAGGCUAUAGGCUACAUAUGCACCGCAAAGUCAGAACAGUAGGCUAAAUUAUGAGGGGUAAAGGGACCAAAUUAUUAGGGUGAGGCACAUGGGCUACUAACAGCUUACGACACAACAUACACUUAGUAUUACUUUCUUAGCUACAGUAUAGAAAUCUCCCUGGCAUAUUACAUAAUUUAUGCAGCAGCAUACAAUAAAUUUUUGGACUCACCUUGUUGUGCUGUGCUCACUUGAACAGGAAGGUUGUGCGGCGGUCCUUCUUUUGUCAUCAAACUUUUUCAUCAAAGUCUAUCAUUCUAUGGAUUUAUGGUGCUUUCAAGACAACUGGGAACUUGGUGAAAAAAAACAAGGUUCGAAUCGUGACGUCAGUGAUCUUCAGGUCAGAGCUCUAGAAAGAGGCCAGAGUUCCCGACUUGAGUGUUGAAUGUUUAUCCUUUUAAGCUUGGAAAAUAGACCCUUAAGCCCAGACUUGGACCACCAACCCACUCAACUGAAUAGCCGGCUAGUGAUUGCUUUGCAACGCUUGCAGUUAGCCACUGAUUCCUUCCAAACCACUCAUUGUUGAAUUUGCGAUUUCCAACUUGUUGUGUAAUGUUUAUGUGCAAUGGCCGAUGAGCACUGAUGCGUUUUAUCUAUAAUUUCUCUUCAUGAUGAUGGCUGGUUGUCUAGCUUGCUAGCUAAGAUUUUGAAAGUAUGAUGUUGACAUGAUCAGUCUAAUCAAAGCUACGGUAGAUAUAACGUGAUUUGACAUCAUUUUAUCUGUGGCUAAUGACCUUGAGCCUUCUUGGAUGGGAACUUCUAAUAUUUAUUUUGUAUUAAUUUUAUUUCACCUUUAUUUAACCAGGUAAACCAGUUGAGAACAAGUUCUCAUUUACAACUGCGACCUGGCCAAGGUAAAGCAAAGCAGUGCGAUAAAAAACAACAACACAGAGUUAAAUAUGGGGUAAACAAAACAUAAAGUCAAAAAUACAACAGAAAAAAAAUAUAUAUACAGUGUGUGCAAAUGUAGCAAGUUAUGGAGGUAAGGCAAUAAAUAGGCCAUAGUGCAAAAUAAUUACAAUUUAGUAUUAACACUGGAUAUAUAUGAUUUUGCGGUGACGUAGUGUCCCCCAUGAGUGACAGAACACUGAGCCCAUCACGGCGCAACUAGAGAACAUUACCAACCCCUACGCUCCGUAUUUUCCGCUGGCUGCCCCACCACCACAGAAAGCACUGAGCUAGGCUGAAACACCUGCAUUUUGGAGUUGCCUUACUCAAGAAAGCAAAAAAGAGACCAUGUUUGUAUGCAGCUUUAUUAACUGAAUGUUUAAAAAAAAAAAAGAUUAUUAUUGUUUGCAAACUGAUAUGUGGAACGUAUUAAUGCCAAAAUAACAUGCAAAACAGGCAAGACAUUUUUUUUAAAUCCGUUUUUCUUAUAUACAGUGGGGAAAAAAAGUAUUUAGUCAGCCACCAAUUGUGCAAGUUCUCCCACUUAAAAAGAUGAGAGAGGCCUGUAAUUUUCAUCAUAGGUACACGUCAACUAUGACAGACAAAAUGAGAAAAAAAAAUCCAGAAAAUCACAUUGUAGGAUUUUUAAUGAAUUUAUUGGCAUAUGAUGGUGGAAAAUAAGUAUUUGGUCAAUAACAAAAGUUUCUCAAUACUUUGUUAUAUACCCUUUGUUGGCAAUGACACAGGUCAAACGUUUUCUGUAAGUCUUCACAAGGUUUUCACACACUGUUGCUGGUAUUUUGGCCCAUUCCUCCAUGCAGAUCUCCUCUAGAGCAGUGAUGUUUUGGGGCUGUCGCUGGGCAACACAGACUUUCAACUCCCUUCAAAGAUUUUCUAUGGGGUUGAGAUCUGGAGACUGGCUAGGCCACUCCAGGACCGUGAAAUGCUUCUUACGAAGCCACUCCUUCGUUGCCCGGGCGGUGUGUUUGGGAUCAUUGUCAUGCUGAAAGACCCAGCCACGUUUCAUCUUCAAUGCCCUUGCUGAUGGAAGGAGGGUUUCACUCAAAAUCUCACGAUACAUGGCCCCAUUCAUUCUUUCCUUUACACGGAUCAGUCGUCCUGGUCCCUUUGCAGAAAAACAGCCCCAAAGCAUGAUGUUUCCAACCCCAUGCUUCACAGUAGGUAUGGUGUUCUUUGGAUGCAACUCAGCAUUCUUUGUCCUCCAAACAUGACGAGUUGAGUUUUUACCAAAAAGUUAUAUUUUGGUUUCAUCUGACCAUAUGACAUUCUCCCAAUCCUCUUCUGGAUCAUCCAAAUGCACUUCAGACGGGCCUGGACAUGUACUGGCUUAAGCAGGGGGACACGUCUCGCACUGCAGGAUUUGAGUCCCUGGCGGCGUAGUGUGUUACUGAUGGUUGGCUUUGUUACUUUGGUCCCAGCUCUCUGCAGGUCAUUCACUACGUCCCCCUGUGUGGUUCUGGGAUUUUUGCUCACCGUUCUUGUGAUCAUUUUGACCCCAUGGGGUGAGAUCUUGCGUGGAGCCCCAGAUCGAGGGAGAUUAUCAGUGGUCUUGUAUGUCUUCCAUUUCCUAAUAAUUGCUCCCACAGUUGAUUUCUUCAAACCAAGCUGCUUACCUAUUGCAGAUUCAGUCUUCCCAGCCUGGUGCAGGUCUACAAUUUUGUUUUUGGUGUCCUUUGACAGCUCUUUGGUCUUGGCCAUUGUGAAGUUUGGAGUGUGACUGUUUGAGGUUGUGGACAGGUGUAUUUUAUACUGAUAACAAGUUCAAACAGGUGCCAUUAAUACAGGUAACAAGUGGAGGACAGAGGAGCCUCUUAAAGAAGAAGUUACAGGUCUGUGAGAGCCAGAAAUCUUGCUUGUUUGUAGGUGACCAAAUACUUAUUUUCCACCAUAAUUUGCAAAUAAAUUCAUUAAAAAUCCUACAAUGGGAUUUUCUGGAUUUUUUUUCCUCAAUUUGUCUGUCAUAGUUGACGUGUACCUAUGAUGAAAAUUACAGGCCUCUCUCAUCUUUUUAAGUGGGAGAACUUGCACAAUUGAUGGCUGACUAAAUACUUUUUUCCCCCACUGUAUAUAUAUAUAUAUAUACACACACACACACACACACAGUGGGGGAAAAAAGUAUUUGAUCCCCUGCUGAUUUUGUACGUUUGCCCACUGACAAAGAAAUGAUCAGUCUAUAAUUUUAAUGGUAGGUUUAUUUGAACAGUGAGAGACAGAAUAACAACAAAAUAAUCCAGAAAAACGCAUGUCAAAAAUGUUAUAAAUUGAUUUGCAUUUUAAUGAGGGAAAUAAGUAUUUGACCCCCUCUCAAUCAGAAAGAUUUCUGGCUCCCAGGUGUCUUUUUAUACAGGUAACGAGCUGAGAUUAGGAGCACACUCUUAAAGGGAGUGCUCCUAAUCUCAGUUUGUUACCUGUAUAAAAGACACCUGUCUACAGAAGCAAUCAAUCAGAUUCCAAACUCUCCACCAUGGCCAAGACCAAAGAGCUCUCCAAGGAUGUCAGGGACAAGAUUGUAGAGACCUACACAAGGCUGGAAUGGGCUACAAGGACAUCGCCAAGCAGCCUGGUGAGAAGGGGACAAAAGUUGGUGCGAUUAUUCGCAAAUGGAAGAAACACAAUAGAACUGUCAAUCUCCCUCGGCCUGGGGCUCCAUGCAAGAUCUCACCUCGUGGAGUUGCAAUGAUCAUGAGAACGGUGAGGAAUCAGCCCAGAACUACACGGGAGGAUCUUGUCAAUGAUCUCAAGGCAGCUGGGACCAUAGUCACCAAGAAAACAAUUGGUAACACACUACGCCAUGAAGGACUGAAAUCCUGCAGCGCCCGCAAGGUCCCCCUGCUCAAGAAAGCGCAUAUACAAGGCAGUCUGAAGUUUGCCAAUGAACAUCUGAAUGAUUCAGAGGAGCACUGGGUAAGAGUGUUGUGGUCAGAUGAGACCAAAAUCGAGCUCUUUGGCAUCAACUCAACUCGCCGUGUUUGGAGGAGUAGGAAUGCUGCCUAUGACCCCAAGAACACCAUCCCCACCUUCAAACAUGGAGGUGGAAACAUUAUGCUUUGGGGGUGUUUUUCUGCUAAUGGGACAGGACAACUUCACCGCAUCAAAGGGACGAUGGACGGGGCCAUGUACCGUCAAAUCUUGGGUGAGAACCUCCUUCCCUCAGCCAGGGCAUUGAAAAUGGGUCGUGGAUGGGUAUUCCAGCAUGACAAUGACCCAAAACACACGGCCAAGGCAACAAAGGAGUGGCUCAAGAAGAAGCACAUUAAGGUCCUGGAGUGGCCUAGCCAGUCUCCAGACCUUAAUCCCAUAGAAAAUCUGUGGAGGGAGCUGAAGGUUCGAGUUGCCAAACGUCAGCCUCGAAACCUUAAUGACUUGGAGAAGAUCUGCAAAGAGGAGUGGAACAAAAUGACCUCUGUGAUUGCCAACAGGGGUUUUGCCAUCAAAUACUAAGUCAUGUUUUGCAGAGGGGUCAAAUACUUAUUUCCCUCAUUUAAAAUGCUAAUCAAUUUAUAAAAUAAAAAAAAUGCAUUUUUUUGGAUUUUUUUGUUGUUAUUCUGUCUCUCACUCUUCAAAUAAACCUAUGGUUUAAAAUUAUAGACUGAUCAUGUAUUUGUCAGUGGGCAAACGUACAAAAUCAGCAGGGGAUCAAAUACUUUUUUCCCUCACUGUAUGUAUAUAUAUAUAUAUAUUUUUAUAGCUAAACUGGUGGGGCUGAAAACAGGUGGGGCUCUGCCACAAUUCUGUUUAUACUGCCCUGCUUAGAGGGGGGCAACUGUCAAUGAGAAUAGAUCCUUUUUUUCCUGGAGGUGUGAAUGUUUGACUGUACUUUGUUGACUUUUAGAACAUGGUAGUUUCACUUCCUAAGUGUAAGAUGUAUGUAAGGCCAGGAGUUUUCCCUGACCAUGUGAAUUGACAUGGUUUGCUAUUGUUAUAUGAGAAAUAUCUACAUAAUGAAAUUACAUUUGUUUUGCUUCAUCUUAGGUUGCUUGAUGACUUUGGAGAGGGCUUUGGGAUGGCCCAGGCUAUUUCCUAUGUGGAUCCUCAGCUCCUCACAUACAUGGCUCUUGAAGAGCGCCUUGCCCAAGCUAUGGAGGUAAGGCCCAAACCCUAGACUCUACUAGGGACAGUGAAUGCACGGGCUGCUGCGUAGUCAAUAUGGGAACUCGUUCUAGAGCACCCAGUGAAAUUGUGCAUAAGAUAAUUUUUGGUUAAACUAGUGAAAAUACAGUUAUAUAUGAUUAUUGUAAAAUUUUGCAAGGUUGCUUUAUUUACUAUCAUCCUAAAAUUAAAUAUGGAAUUGUUUUUACCAUAUUGAAUUAUUUUAUGUUACGCUACUUUCCUUGAUGUGGACAAAUGUGUUACUACAUUACACAAGCUCACAUUUUGAACACAUCGAAUUGGGGGGAAUUACACAUCCUUUUUACCUCAGAUUGGUGGUGUUAAUAUAAAAGUUUAGUCAUCACGAUGAUUUAAGAUCGAUUGCUUAAAACAGAUCAGUAUCUUUGAUUUUGUACUGUUGAUUUUGUCACAUGCUGGGGUUUGCAGGACUUAGAACUGUCAUUUUCUAAUUCAAAUGGACAGACUAGGGUGGUCUCUCUAUAAAAGUCGCUGGCCACACACCAAUACACGGAUUUGACAGUCAAACUAUCACUGAAAUAGCAGCCAACAGUUGUCACUGUUGAUAUCCUAUAGCGGGUCGUGAUUAGUUGAAAGUGGUUUGUUCCAUUUUCCGUGAUGGCAGCCUCCCGAAAUGUAAUCCGCCAUUCCAAAAUAUAGAUAGAAGCCUUCUACAAAUGAUCAUCUAACCAAUCAUAUAUAGAUUAUUCCAAGUUUCCGUGUGGUCUUUGUAUAAUGUAUGUUUAAACAGCGCAUACAACCCAAAUGUUUUGACCCCCGUUCUAUUGAUUUCAACGUGUAAUCGAUAUGAGCGAUUAACAAAAGUGUUGCAUUACACUUACCGCGUUGGCAACAGUUCAGCUGGCUGUCUUCUAGAAGUUGUCCUCUACCGGUGAUAUAUAAAUGAUUCCCAGAUUCCGUGUGGUUUUUGGAGCUGUGCUAGGUUUUACAGGACGUGCAACCUUAUUCCCUUUCAAAAUCCAACACUUUAAAAUGUAGCAGACAGUCUUCUGCAGGUUGUUCUCUAACCAGUGAUGUAAAAAAUGUGUUUUUUUUUGGUUCGUUUCAACAGCGCAUACAAUCUGAUUUCCCCCCCUAAUCGAUAUGAGUGAUUUAUUGCCACUUAUCAACUGUUUUCUUUUGCAUAUGCAGUUUAUAAGGUGCUAUUUUAGUAAAAUACAAGUAAUAUGAUUACUGUUGUGGCACAUGUAGGUAGUACAUUUUAUGUUUUCAAUAUAACACAAACUGUUUCUGCAUAUUGACUAUUGAUUUGGACACUUCAAAACAGUGUUUUGACAUUGGGCUAUUUAUCAAAAGUUCUUGUCAACAGGAAGCAGAACAGCAUAAUUUCAACUUGUUUCAGGAAUAUGAAUGGAACUUUCAACAUUAAUUUACAAUAGUAUUCUACUUAAUCAGGUAAAAACUGCUGAAUGAGUCCAAAAAUGUGCUGUGAUUGGUUGAUUUUGAUGAUAUACCAGAAAUCAUGAAAACGGGUUUGCCUUGCCAACAAUGACACGAGUCACUUAAGGCAUAAGUGCAAAUGGAAGCAUCUUAGGACCAUAUUUGUUCAACACCAUUCCAUCUCUAAAAGGUUUGCUUCAAGUGUGCUUUUCAAGAUAGUGCCAUCCUAAGUUGACAGACCGUGUUGCUGUCUUGUACAACAUCAAGACACAUUCCUAAAAAUAUGUACCUACCUACACUGUAAUUUCAUUGUACCCGCCCAUGUAACUAGCAUGUUAAUACAUGGGGACAUUGGCACCUAAUGUUCUUCUGUUUGGUUCACAGGCGGCUUUAGCCCACCUGGAGUCUCUGUCCAUCGACGUGGAGCAGGCUCACCCUCCUGCUACAGAACAGAUCAUCGAGUGUCUGCCUCAGAUCACCAUAUUGGAGGACCACAGUGGUAAAUUCACAGUACUAGAAGACCACAUCUUCUUAUCCUAACAGACUAGCCCUUCCCUCCGUUCCCUUUGAAUUGGCUGUAUUGUUAAUGUGUGCAAUUGCCCGCUUUGCAUUGGCAGAAAUAGAGAUUGUCAGUCAUUCUGGGUGUAAGUAGCAACAACGGCUCAGACGCAAAGUGGUAGGCCACACAAGCUCACAGAAUGGGAUCGCCGAAUGCUGAAGCACGUAGCUCGUAAAAAUCAUCGGUCCUCGGUUGCAACACUCACUACCGAGUUCCAAACUGCCUCUGGAAGCAACGUCAGCACACGUCAGGAGCUUCAUGAAAUGGGUUUCCAUGGCCGAGCAGCCGCACACAAGCCUAAGAUCACCAUGCUCAAUGCCAAGCGUCGGCUGGAGUGGUGUAAAGCUCGCCGCCAUUGGACUCUGGAGCAGUGGAAAUGCGUUCUCUGGACUUAUCAAUCACGCUUCACCAUCUGGCAGUCUGACGGACAAAUCUGGGUUUGGCGAAUGCCAGUAGAACGCUACCUGUCCGACUGCAUAGUGCCAGUUUGGUGGAGGAGGAAUAAUGGUCUGGGGCUGUUUUUCAUGGUUCGGGCUAGGCCUCUUAGUUCCAGUGAAGGGAAAUCAUAACACUACAGCAUACAAUGACAUUCUAGACGAUUCUGUGCUUCCAACUUUGUGGCAACAGUUUGGGGAAGGCCCUUUCCGUUUCAGCAUGACAAUGCCCCCGUGCACAAAGCGAGGUCCAUACAGAAAUGGUUUGUCGAUCGGUGUGAAGAACUUGACUGGCCUGUACAGAGCUCAGACCUCAACCCCAUCGAACACCUGAUCGGGAGGGAUGAAUUGGAACGCCGACUGCGAGCCAGGCCUAAUCGCCCAACAUCAGUGCCCGACCUCACCAAGUCCCCACAGCAAUGUUCCAACAUUUGUGGAAAGCCUUCCCAGAAGAGUGGAGGCUGUUAUAGCAGCACGAAGGGGGGGCCAACUCCAUAUUAAAGCCCAUGAUUUUGGAGUGAGAUGUUUGACGAGCAGGUGUCAACAUACUUUUGGUCACGUAGUGUAUAAAGACGUAAAGCACUGUGUUUAUUAGAGUCUGCUAACUCUGCCACAGAAUGGAUCAUAAAAAGAGGUUUCGCAAUCUCUCAACACAUCGAUGCAUUCCGUAUGGCAAUAUCCCGCUGUUACAGAGCCGUAUGAAUAGUGAUGUGGUGCCACGAUAAGAAAUAACUGGCCGCGCGUAACGCAAUGCAUAAUAUGAAUGGCACAUCAUGUAAAUGUGUGAGAGAGGGGGGAAGAGAACAUUUUCAUGCACCGGUGCCGCGUCAAGUUUAUGACACGCCACGCGUCCUCUGGAAUAAAUCACGGCAUGCAGGCGUUGAGGCAAGAUGGCCGCCAUUCGUCAUGACAUUUGUCGGAGCGUGCAGUUCCAUCUGUGUGCACGUGGAUCGAGCCUGAUGGAAUGUGAACGUGUGGGGCUGUGAAUACAGAACAGAGUGGAUGUGGUGGUUGAGGCUGGGGCUGUAGAACAUGAAGGGAUAGAUGGCGCGGCGCCGUUCUCUGACAAUUAGUACUUCCUGUGUACCUCCGUGUCAGUAUGACUGGGCCUUUCUUGGCGUCUCUCUUAUAUCCUUCUUUCCUUCAUCACUCUUUCUCUUUGUCCUUCGGUCUUUCUCUCUCUGUGUCCCUCAAUCUUUAUCCUUUUAUUUCUGUCCCCCUCUCUCUCUAGGGCAGGAACAGUGCUGUGCCAUCUGCUGUUGUGAGUACGUCAAAGAUGAGAUUGCAACCCAGCUGCCAUGCCACCACAUGUUCCACAAGAUGUGCGUGACUCUCUGGCUCCAGAAGGUAUGUGUGUGACUGAGCCUGUGUGUGACUGACUGAGGGCCUCUGUGUGUGGAGAAUGACUUAUUUUUUUUACACUAACCUUUCUAAAGCAUUUAUGUACAUGCAUGUUUGCAUGUCAUUUAAAUGAGGAUGGUGGCAUCAGUCUAUCUUUAGUCUUGCACCUGGCCUGUGUCAGAAUGUCUUUUAAUUAAGUGAUAUGAUUGUUUAUAUUGACUGUUAUGGUAUCUUCCCUCUCUAGUCUGGGACUUGCCCUGUCUGUCGUCAAGUCCUGUUGCCUGUUGUCACGGAGACCCCUGCACCCACCUCGUUUGUGUCGGAUCAAUACAUCCCUCCGUCCAAUCACAGCGCAGCCGGAACA